AUGGCAACUUGCAUUUCUUUUCUCAUCUUUGUUAAUAUUCAUAUUUCAGUUCUUUUAUAUUUUUCUUCCUUCAUCUUUCUUUUAUUUUUCUUUCGGUAUUUUUCUUCCUUUCAUUCUUUCUUUUUAAUUUAUUUAUUUCCUCAUUCAUUCUUUUCCAUUCUUCUUUCUUUUCCGUGGCUUCGAUUUUCCUUUAAAUUAUCUACUUCAUUAUUCCCUUUUUCUCCUCUCAAAUUUAAUUCAUUCUUUUUCCUUUUUUCUUUUUUCUUAAUGCGAGCCAUAGUUUUCUUCCUUUCUGUAUUUCUCUCACUUUUUUUCUUUACAUCCUUGCUCUUUAAUCACAUUCCUUUCGAUUUCAUCUUUGAUUUUUUCCUUCAUCUUUCUUACAACUCUUUAAUAUUUCAAUUUUUUCAUUCAUCCUUUUCUUUCUUUUCAACAUUUUUUCCACUCCCUUUUUCUUUCAUUUCUUUCUUUCUUACAUUUUUCUUUGUUUCUUUGUUUCUUUCUUACUUUCUUUCUUUCUUACAUUCUUCUUUAGUUUUUUAUUCUUUCAUUUUACUCUUUGAUUCUCAUUAUCUCAUUCUUUUCUUCUUUCUACUUAGACUUCCUUCGAUUUUCUAUUUAUUCUCUGCUUCUUCUUUUUUCUUUUUUUCUUUUAAAUUUCAUUCAUUCUUUCUUCCUUUAUUUCUACUUGAUGCUGCCCCAUUCUUUUUUAUUUCACCUCAAAAUUCAUCGUCUUUCUCUCCUUAUCUUUCUUCUAAUUUUUCUUUGUGGAAUUGA